CAAUCAUGUAGCCAUGGAAUACUCACGUGAUUCUCUCGAUACCUACUGCGUUGCAGUACAAAGGCUGUAAAUACCGCGUUGUGCCAGUUGUUCUGCGACGAGCACGUUGAGCGAACGGGAUUUGUGUGCGUUAAAUAGUAAUUAAGUAAAUUGGUAAACAGCAUUAAUCAUGAAGGUUUUUUUCGUAUUUAUGGUGGGUGUGAUCGCCGUUAGUCAAGCAAUUUCCUUCUUCGACCUUGUUCUUGAGGAGUGGGGCACUUUCAAGCUAACACAUAGGAAAAAGUAUGACAACGAUGUAGAGGAAAAAUUCAGGAUGAAAAUCUUCAUGGACAAUAAGCACAAAGUUGCCAAACACAAUGCCAAGUAUGAAAUGGGCCUUGUUUCGUACAAAUUGGAACUUAACAAGUAUGGAGACCUGCUUCAUCACGAAUUCGUUGAUAUGAUGAAUGGCUUUAACAAGUCUAUCAACACACUGAAGCGAUCAAACAUUGAGCGGCCAAUUGGUGCCACUUUUAUCCCACCUGCGAAUGUUAAAAUCCCAGAAUCUUUUGACUGGAGGGACGAGGGAGCUGUAACUGCUGUGAAGGAUCAAAAACAGUGUGGUUCAUGUUGGGCGUUCUCUACAACUGGUGCCUUGGAAGCUCAGCACUUCAGGAAAACGGGAGUGCUAGUGUCUUUGAGUGAGCAGAAUUUGGUCGAUUGUUCUGGCAAAUAUGGUAACAAUGGAUGUAAUGGUGGCUUGAUGGACCAAGCCUUCCAGUACAUUAAAGACAACAAAGGGAUUGAUACUGAGAAGAGCUACCCAUAUGAGGGACAAGAUGAUUCAUGCCGUUAUAACCCUCGUAACAAUGGAGCUACCGAUGUUGGCUAUGUAGAUAUUCCUCAGGGAGAUGAAGAAAAGUUGCAGGCUGCUAUUGCUACCAUUGGGCCAGUUUCUGUUGCUAUUGAUGCUUCCCAUGAAAGCUUCCAGUUAUACUCUGAAGGUGUUUAUUAUGAAGCUGGUUGUUCCGAAACUAACCUGGACCAUGGAGUUUUAGCUGUUGGUUACGGUACUGAUGAAAAUGGCAUGGAUUAUUGGCUCGUCAAGAACAGUUGGGGUGGUGAUUGGGGUGACCACGGGUAUAUCAAGAUGGCCCGAAAUAAGAACAACCAUUGUGGAAUUGCUUCUACAGCAAGUUAUCCUCUUGUUUAAUUAUGGCAAUAUAGAGUGAUGAGAUUUAUGUUAUUCAUGAAUUAUUUUCUGGAAUUAUUUAAUAGAUAACAUCAAUUUCAUAUGUGAUUCUAACUGAUAAAGUUUAUGUACCUAUUUUUGUUUUAUUAUUACUUUGCGAUACAUUUAAUAUUUUAUAUACUCGUAAUUUUUAUAAUUUCAAUAUAUAAGUAUUAAAUUACAACCGUAAAAAAAUCAAAUGUUAUUAGUAGUAAAUAUUUCAGUCCACGGAUAGACGGAUAGAUCUUGCCAAUGCGACGUUUAAAACUGAUGACAUGAAUGUAAUAUUUUAUAUUUUAACUGUUAAUGAAUAUGGAGUACUUUUGAACAGUU